UAUGAAACGCCAUUUUUUUGUUUUACUGUACAGUUGAAUCACGAGCGAACGAUUUUCAUGAUAAUUUUGAUUUGUUGGUAAUUGAUUCUAAUUGUUAUUCUUCUUAUCUAAGUUUUACUGCUUAUCUCAAUUUUUCUUAUUGUAUGAAUGUAUUAUUUCCUUUUUGGUGUCUAAAUCUUCUGGCCCAUCAAGCUUGUCACAAUGAGUGAUUCUCCAGACCAGAACGAUCCACCAAAGGAUCCGAAAGAAUUGGAAAAAUUGGAAGAAGCAAAACUUAAAGCUAAGUUUCCCAAUGCCAUGCUAGGAAGGGGGCCUGGAGGGCAUUCAGCUUUCCUUCAGAAGAGACUUGCUAAAGGACAAAAGUUUUUUGACUCCGGUGACUAUCAAAUGGCGAAACAAAGGCCUGCGAACUUAGCGGCGCCUUUCAAAGCUCCUGCAGCUCCGGCCAAAUUGCCCACUGGGGACGCCAUUCCAACCCCAGACACUGUGCCGCUGCGGAAGACGUCCAUCAUCCAGCCAAAAUUCCAGCAAUCUAGCCAGACCUCCUAGCCUUGCCAGCAGACUAAAAACCGUGGCCUCAUAGAUAAUGUGUAACUUGCAUUGUAACUAUGUUGUGGUCGGUCGCACUGUUUUUUCAUUAUUAUAAUUUUUAUUACUAGAAUUAUUAUCUGAAAUUUUGUUAAUGCAAUGUAUCAUACUACAUUUUAAUAUCCUUACACUUAAUUGUAUUUUCAAUUUAAUAAUUUUUUAAAUUUUUUGGAACUCAAUGAUUUUAAUAAAUUUUCAAAAAUCUCAUAUUUUGAUGAAUAGUUUCUUAGGGCCAACUUACAUUUAUUGGUUUACAUUGAAGACCAUAAUUUCUUACCUUACGCUUUGGAUGUUGGCACAUUUUUUCCAACAUUAGUUGCCAAACACAUUGCACUAAUUGUAUUUUUGGGUUCUUAUAUAUUGUGAUGUUGGUAAUAAAACAAAUUUUUAUAAGAACAACUGUUAUAUUUAUGUAUAAAAAUUAGGUUAAAACAUUGCAUGAGUGAAUGAGUGAUUAUUGUGCUGCAAAUAUUUUGUUCCUCCUGCAUAUUAUAUCAACUAGUGUUAGUAUAUUUUAUGCCCUAUAACAAAUGUUUAGAAAUAACCAUGGUUUUAUAUCUAAAGUUUCAUGUUACAAUAUUGCUCUAAUUUUUAAUGCUACUGAUACCAUGUCAUAUCCUAUAGGUUCUUAAACAUCACUAUAUUAUUUUUACCAUUAACAGUUUUUGUAGUUAAUAGUAUAUAUUAAUAUAUCAACAUGUAUAAUGGGAAAAAUAUUGUAGACUAGAAAAUAUGGAUUGUGAACUUGUAAGCUUAGAGCUAGCGCGCAAGAGCAACUUUUGUCUCCGCAACUAUUUUGUCUCUCCCAUCAACUCUAUGGGCUAGUAAGAAAGUGCGCGCACGUAGCGACGCAACUCCCAUAGAGUUGAUGGGAGAGACUAAAUAGUUGCAGAGACAAUAGUUGCUCUUGCGCGCUAGCUCUUAGACGUAUCAUGUAUCAUCAUGUUUUACAGAAUGCUUCAAAUGUUUAGUGUAACAAUAGUGAGAAAUGUAGUGAUAUUGACAAGAAUUGGAUUUAAGGUCUGCUGUGAAAAAAAUUGUUAUAUGUUUUGAUACAGUUGUUGAACACAAAUGCUGUGAAAUGAGGUACUAAGCCUAAAGAAUUGUAAUUUUUACUUCUAAUUAAUUGUACCAAGUUAAGUUUUUGAUAAAUUCAGUUAGCUAAUGUUUCGCACCUAGCUAUUUGUUUCGAAAAUGACAAUAUCACAGCGGUAGAAUUUUGAAACAAAGUGCAUCACUAGUGUGUUAUGUAUCAGGAUUGGAUGCUAUCACUUGGCACAGGAGAUGAAAGGAAUGUUGAGAUUUAGACUUAUGAAGACUUAAAAAAUAAAUACUUGGUAAAAA